AAGAAGCAGUGUGGGAUCACUUUCACAAGAUAUCACACUCUGAAGAGGGUGGAUAAUCGAUAUGAAGUCAGUUUACCUUGGAUCAACGAUAAAGAAGCUUUACCAAGUAACAGAGAAGUUGCUGGAAAACGAUUGAUUUCCAUGACAAAGAAGCUCAUGUUGAAAGAUAAAUUUGAAACAUAUAAUGCAGUGUUCGACUUGAAUCUAGAGAGCAGUGAUCAAAUCCAUUUAGACCAAUGUGAACCUUCUUUGAAGGAAGUGGCUACAAAAUUGAAAAAUUCCUUCUAUGUUGACAAAACUGAUUCAGUGAAUUCGAAUGAAGAAGCAGAAUACUUUAUUGCAAAAUCAACUCAGUUAAUGGUGUAUGCUGUCGAUGCUAGAAAUCAUGGUGAAAGUGAAAGAAGUGAUUUCUUCAAUUUUGAUAUUUUAUCAGAAGAUCUGGAACAUUUCAUGGAUACAAACAGCAUACCCAAAGCAUCUUUCAUUGGUCACAGCAUGGGUGGGAUUGCAGUAAUGUCUUUAGCUCUCAAAGCACCAGAAAAGGUAGAAAAAAUUAUCGUGGAAGAUGUGUCUCCCAAAGAACCAGAGCAAGAAUUGUAUUAUGUUUUUCAAGCUAUGGUUGCAGAAUUAAUCAAAUGUUUUGAGCAAUCAAGUAAAUCAGAUACUGAAGGCACAAUGCAUCAGAAAUUAAGAGAAUGCAUUUAUCGUACUGUUCCUAUGAUUCCUGAUGAGGACAGAGAGGUCAUACAGUCUAUGAAAUUCCCAGUAAAGAAAACUGAAAAUGGAUUUGUAUCACUAACAAAUCUGACUGCGCUUUUGGAAGCAGUAAAGAACCCACCUAUUUGUCACUUUUCUCAGAAUAAUGCAUUCAGUGGUGAUGCAUUAUUUAUAUAUGGUGGUCAAUCAAACUUUUGCAUUUUAGAUGACAAGGAAAUCAUUUUAAAGCAUUUUCCAAAAGCAGUGUUUUGUUGUUUUGAAAAUGCUGGUCAUGAAGUAUGUGCCCGUUACCCUGAGCGUUUUCUGAGUGAAGUCCUCAAUUUUUUAUAAUUUGCUGUAUACAUAUGUUGUUAUAUUUAACUGUUAAAAUUACUGAGAUAUUUUUGUGAAUUAUUAAAAAUUACUCAGACUUCCUAAUGAUUGUAAUUCUAAAAACUUAUAUCAGUAAUGACAUUGCUGAUUUGAUAAUUUACCAAAUAUCAUGACAUUUUACUAUUGUUAGAUUAUUUAACUUAUAUGACAAAUAUAAAAAUUUUUUAUGUCUUCUGUAAAAUUAUGUGUUUUAGCAGUUAUUUUGACAGUUUUGGAAUUUAAUCAAAAAAAAAAAAAUUGAGGAAUAACCAAAAACUGUUAGUAAGCAUUAUUAACUGAAUAUGGUUAAAGGUUUGAAGUAUUAUUAUUUUUUCAGAAUUCUUGGAAAAAAAUACUUAAAACGGAUUAAAUACUAAAUACAGAAUUUUGUUCAAUGUUACCUAGCUCAUCAGAUAAAUUUAAUUAAAGUUGGAAAAUUAUGAUAAUUUUCUCUAUGCAAUUCAAGCACCUGAUCUUCACACUUAUUAGAAAUUAAAACAAUCAAAUAUUUAAUGAGCAUUUUUCUUUAAAAAUAAAUGCAUUUUAUUGAGACUGUGAAAACUUUUCUCAUGACUACUUCUUCUUAAGUGUAAAAUUUAAUAAUGCAUUCUAUAAAAAUGUGAACUUGGUGUCACUUGAAAUGUUUAGAAUAUGGAGGAAAUACAAUAAAAAUAUUCAAUUCCAUUUGUCAAAAUUAAUAUUACAUUGUUGAGUAACUUCUGCCUAAAGUUUGCAAAUUGUAACAAAUGUUUCUCAGUUAAAUUAUUUUUAAUGAUCUCACAUGAUAUUGUAUUUGUUGAUAAUGAAUCAUGUAUUUGUUGAUAAUGAAUUAUCAUGCUAUGGUUUUCUAGUGCGAAAUUUUGCAAUUUUACAUUAGUGCAUUGACACAGUUUUAUGAACUCCCCCAUGGAAGAAACUUAUGUUAAUGAAAAAUGUAAAUUGUGCCCUUAUAUUCUUGAAUAAUGCAUUCCAAGACCUACAUUGGUUAACACCCAUUGCUAUAAGUAAUGCAGUUUUAAUGUAACAUACUGAAAUCAAAUAAGAUUUUAUUUGAUAAAUUACGUAUGAUAAGAAAUUACCUGCUUUCAUCCUCUCAUGUGAAUGAAAGUGAAGGAUUCUGAUAUUUCAGCGGAUUCUCUACAGUGCAAAUAACUUCAACUUUUAGUCAAAUCCUCAACAAUAAAAAUAACAUUUUCUAUCAAAUGACUUCAUAAGCAAUGAAAUAUAUAUUUAAAUUGUGCAUGUAUGCUAUACUUAUGCUCAGAAAUGCCAUGAGAACAUGCAUUUGAGCUGCUCUAUUUCACAGUAUUAUAGGCUAUUUUUAUUUAACAUAUAUUUUGUAAUCAUAUAUAAAUAUAUUUAAUUUUAAAAGGAAUUUUAAACAACCAGGGAAUACGAGGGCACAACUAUACUUUGAAUUUUGUUCAUAAUGUAGAUCAGCGAUUCUCAACCAUUGGUACGCAAGAGGAAAGUAGGUGGUAUGCAAAGAAACAAAGUAUUUGUAACAAUUAAAUUAAAAAAUCUGCUGAAGAAAAAGAAUAAUUGAUAGAAAUUUCCUGUAAUCGAAAUCAAACUGCAGAUUAAAAAAAUAACACACUUGUUAAUUGGCUGAAACCAAAAAAAAAAAAAAAAAAAAAAAAAAAGAGAAUUUAAAGGCAAUCCAAAUAUAGCUAUCAAAUUUUUGCUGCUUUUUUGCUCGACCUAUUUCUGUGAACAAGGAUUUUCUUCCAUAUUAUAUUUGGAAAAUAUAUACAGAACAAAAUUAAAAGUGGAUCCUAAUUUAUGAUCUAAGCUAAGUGAAAUAAGACCAGACAUAAAUGUUAAGACAUCUCUUAAGCACACCCAAAUUUCACACUAAAUUUUAGAAUAAGUAUUAUAACUUAAAUUUUGAUAGUUAAAAUGGUAACUAAUUUUUAAUGUAAUAAUUUUCUGAUACAAAUAGCCAAUAGGUUGUGCAAAUGGCAAAGUGUACUUUUUUUUAAUAUUUCUAUUGAAAAAUUAAAGAAUAAUCAUUGUGAAAUGUAGUGGUCAUGCUAAAGUUUUUCAAUUUUUGUUUAGUGGUACACAUUAGUCAAAAGGUUGAGAACCACUGAUGUAGAUUCUUUUAUAUGCACUUGUUAAUCAGUAUUUUGGAUGUUGAUCUGUUCCUUAUUCUAUUUCAUACAUCUUGUGAUAUCUAUUUCAGUAUUUUUUAUUAAAGGAAAAUAAUUUUAUUAAUGUGUAAUUUUUAUUAGAAUUUUAUAUGAAGUAUUUUUUAUUCUCAAUUUUGAAGUAUUUUUGUGUGUUGUGUAAUAAUUUUUAUUGGAUAUACAGUAAUUUGUUGUCACUUUAGAGUUAGUUAUGAAUUAAUGUGUUAUAUUCAGAAAUUUCAGUGUUAUUUACUAUCAUAAAAUGUCUCAUUAUAUAUGGAAGUCGUGUUUUAAAUUAUUGUUGUAAUUUAAAAAACUAAACUAUUGAUUAUUGUGUGUCUGUUUCUUCAUUAUAGUACUCUAAAUACAGUUGGGAUUUAAGAAAAUUAAAUGUUGUUUUAUUUAAGGUAAAAUUUUAAUUUAAAAGAGGCAUAAUGUGAUAAACUCAAAAUAUGCAAAGUACAUCUUCAUAUUAACUUCUUAACCCCUUAACUGCCGCGGGCGUAUAUAUACGCCUUGCUCAGCCGAUGCGUUAACUGCCCCAGAUGCGCAGCCGAUGCAUUAACUUUGCGAAUAAUUUUAGGUGUGUAGCAGCGCAAAGCAAAUGAUAGCAGUUUGGAAGGACGUAUAUAUACGCCUGGGGCAGUUAACGCAUCGGCUGAGCAAGGCAUAUAUAUACGCCCGCGGCAGUUAAGGGGUUAAUACGUGGUUUGUGCAUUCGGUAAAUAUUUCAGCGUUAAAUUCUCCUUUGGGCAUAUGUUGUGAGUUGCUCAUUUAUUAUAAUACAUAUUUAAAUGUGCAAAAUAUAUUGAUUGUGUUGGAAAAGUAUUUAAAAUUACACUAAAAACUUUUGCAAAAUAAUUUUACUAAAACAUGUUUAUUCCAGGUUAUAUAAGUUCUGUGUUUAACUGUAUUUACUUGACUUGGGCUCACCAAUAAACUUAUUUUACCUUAAUUGACUCAUUCAUUAUAGCAACCUGUAAAAAAUUACAAUAAUAAACAAGCUUUCUGUAUAAACUAAAUUUUAAUCUUUCCAAAUUUAGAUUGAUAAAUUUGACUGUUAAUAUUUGUAUAUGUAAUCUUUUUAAUACCUUUUGGAAACUAAAACAAAGUAUUAAAUUUAUGAAAUAAAAAAGCAUAUGCAAAAAUGUCAA